AUGAUUGAGAAUGGCGCUAAGUACAUCGUACUCACUAGCCGCAGUGCUACAGUCGAUUCUCUCUGGCUCUCCGAGAUGGAAGCACUCGGCGCCGUGAUUUCGGUCCACAAGAUGGAUGUGUCCGAACGCAAGUCAGUUCAGACAGUCUGCGACAUCAUCAAGAAGACUUUCCCUCCCAUCGCAGGUGUCUGUAACGGCGCGCUUGUCCUCAAGGAUCAGCUCUUUGUCGAAAUGGACGCUUCCGCUCUCAACGACGUAUUUGCACCCAAGGUGGCGGGCACAAUCCAUCUUGAUGAGUACUUCUCGGAACCCACUCUUGACUUCUUCAUCCUCUUUUCGUCUAUGAGCUCUGUCGUUGGAAACGCUGGACAGGCCAACUACAAUGCCGCAUCUUUGUUCCAAGCAGCAGUUGCGAACAAGAGGCGAGCCAGGGGCCUGGCAGCAUCCGUCAUGUCGCUUGGCAUGGUUGCUGACGUGGGCUACAUCGCCCAACGAGGCCCCAGUCUAAUGGAGAAGCUCAAGAAGGUCUUCUACAUGCCAAUUUCCGAGGCAGACGCUCACCUGAUCUUCGCCGAGGCCGUGGUGGCAAGCAAGCCAGAAAACGCCGACGGCACAAUCGAGAUGGUCUCUGGAAUCCAGCCCUUCAACUACACAUCUUCGACCAAGGCGCGUCCACCCUGGUUCUCCAACCCACGCUUCUCUUACUUUGUCCGCGAGGAAGAAGAAGCGCAGGAGAGCGCUCUGGGCAACCUCAGCAGUGUCCAUGUCAAAGAGCAGAUGGAUGCUGCAGGAUCCGAGGAAGAGGCCACAGCCGCACUGCUUGCAGCCUUUGGGGCCAGGAUGGAGUCCAUGCUCCAGAUGAGCGCGGGGAGCCUGAAUGUUGAAGCGCCUCUGCUGGAUGUUGGCAUCGAUUCCCUGCUUGCGGUCGAGAUUCGGACGUGGUUCUUGAAAGAGGUGCACGUGGAUGUGCCUGUCCUGAAGACCCUGAGCGGAGACAACGCUCGCGACAUUUGCGCGGAUGCCGCCAAGAAGUACAUGUCAGCCAAGAUGCAAGAUGGUGGAAGCAAGUCGGCCGAUGGGCCAGCCGAAUCGGAGGUGGAGGCGUCCACGGCAUCGGAGCAAUUAAGCGGCACUGAGGCCUCCAGCGUAGGCACGUCGAGCCCCGAAAAGGAGGGGAGUAUCACCACGCCUAGCAGCAUGAGCGAGGCGGGAUCCGAUGUCAAGAAGCUUCAGCAAAGGAAGGAAGUUGUUCGAACUGAAAAGCUGUCAUUUGCGCAGUCGAGUCUUUAUGUCUAUGAUGUGAAGGGCAAUAUCCAGAUACUCCGACUGAGAAGGGCCGUCUCAGCUACGGUCACUCAUCAUGACGCCUUGCGCACUUGCUUCUCAACCAGGCCAGGCAAUGGAGAGCCCGUUCAAUCGAUUUUGAAGACGCCAGAAGAUUGCUUGAGGCACAUCAAGAAUCCUGAAGAGGACUCAGUGCAGCACGAAAUGGAGGCAUUGCGCAAGCACAAGUGGAAUCUGGCCGACGGUGAUGUCUUCCGUAUGGUUCUCGUUAGCCAUUCUCCCGACGACCACACUAUGCUUAUUGGAUACCACCACAUCAUCAUGGAUGGUGUGAGCCUGCACGUCUUCAUGCGAGAUCUCAAUGUACUAUAUGCUGGAAAGUCUAUCAACAAGGCGACGAAGCAGUACCUGGAUCUCGCACUAGAAGAGCGGACGGCUAUGGAGAACGGUCUUUUGGAUGACAAGAUUGACUUCUGGAAGCGGGAACACUCCUGCCCGGCAGAAACACUCUCUCUCCUCCCCUUCGCGCGCGUCAAGUCCCGCCCAAUUUCCGAAUCCUAUGCAAACAUCGAGUCUGUCAGGGACGUUGGGCGCGACUUCUCGGAGAGAAUCAAGCGGGCCAGCCGAGGUCUCAGCGUAACGCCCUUCCACUUCUAUCUCGCUGGGAUGCAGACUCUCCUGCAUCGACUACUCGGCGUAGAAGACAUUUGCAUUGGCAUCACGGACGCGAAUCGUACGCCUGAAAGCUCUCAAGUAAUCGGCUUCUUUCUCAACCUCCUACCGAUUCGCUUCCAGGUUGAAAAGGCCGAGAAAUUUGGCGACCUCGUCAAGAAGACGAGUCAGCGAUAUUAUACCGCGCAAGCCAACUCGGGCGUACCCUUUGAUGUGAUUUUAGACAAGGUGAAUAUCGCGCGGGAUAUGACGCACACGCCCCUGUUCCAGGUCGCCAUGAACUAUCGCCAAGGCAACUUUUCGAGCAUCCCCUUGGGCGGAUGCAGCCUGACUGUCAAAGAGGGGUUCGAUGCCAAGAGCCCUUACGAUCUCGCCUUUAGCGUCACGCCGACGGAAGACGCAUGUUACCUUCAGAUCGUGGGCCGAGACGACUUGUACGACCAAGCUGCGACAGACCUGCUUCUCGACAUGUAUGUGACGCUGCUUGAUGAUGCGGCUAAGGACACAUCCAAGACGCUUCCGGAGUGCCAGCUCUAUGAUCCUUGUGAUGUCGAUCGCGCGAUCGCCAUUGGACGGGGCGAGGAUAUUGACUUCGGAUGGCCAGAUACCUUGACUGAAAGAAUUGAUCGGAUUUUCAGCUAUCACGGAGACGAAGUUGCUCUCAAGGAUACGGCCACAGCGCUGACGUACUCACAAUUGGCUGGCAAGGUGGCUGGUCUGGCAGCCAUACUCUCGGGUAAGGCGCAGCUCGGGUCACGAAUUGCAGUCUUGUGUGAUCCCACGGUCGACUGGGUCGUUGCUAUGCUCGCGAUUCUUCGUGCUGGUGCUGUUUAUCUGCCCCUCGAUACCAAGUUGCCCCGCGAGCGUCUAGCUGCAAUUCUCGAAGCCUCGAAACCAGAUUUGAUCAUUUGCCACGCGUUAACGCGGCAAAGGGCAGACGAUCUUUCCAGCAACAUCUCCAUCAUCGACGUUUCUGACAAUUCUGACGUCGAAAAUGUUCCAAAUUUGGAACAGCCGGGCUCAGCGACGUUUAUCCUUUUCACGUCCGGAUUCACAGGGACUCCCAAGGGCAUCGAGCUCACGUCCGCUGGCAUCAUCAACUACGCAGCAACUAAAGCCUCAAAGCUCCAUCUCGACCGCGAAGUCGUUCUACAGCAGAGCUCACUCGGCUUCGACAUGUCCAUCGCGCAGGCGUUCAAUGCGCUGACGAACGGCGGCACUCUUGUUAUCGUCCCGCAAGAAAGCCGUGGAGAUCCUGUCGCCCUCACGAAGAUCAUGGUUGAUGAAGGCGUCACGUUUACGCUUGGCACGCCUACGGAAUAUCUCAUGCUCAUUCGACAUGGUGGCGGGGGCAUUGAGAGGCAGAGUAGCUGGAGACAUGCUUGCACCGGCGGAGAGGCUGUCAAUGGUCAUUUAAGAGAUGCAUUUCGAAGGCUGGAGCAGGUACCCACAGUGACAGACUGCUAUGGACCAACGGAGAUUUCCUGCUGCGCAACGAUGCGAACAGUAGAUCUUGACGAGGAAGAAGCCGUCAUUUCUGGCUCCGUUGGCUCUGCAAAUCCAAACACCUCGAUUCUCAUCAUCGAUGAGGACGGCAUUGUUGUGCCGUCUGGCAUCCCGGGAGAGAUCUGUGUUGGAGGCGUAGGCGUGUCCCAGGGCUAUCUUGACUCAGAUCUGUCAAAAGAGAAGUUCACAGAGAACCCAUUCGCUUCCGCACGGGACGUUUCAAUGGGAUGGACCACGAUGUACAAGACAGGCGACAAAGGCACCCUACGCUCCGAUGGGUCUUUGCAUUUCAUGGGCCGCAUGGAUGGCGACACUACGAUCAAGAUUCGCGGGCUGCGUGUGGACCUUGAAGACGUCUCCAAUGUCAUUGUUCGAGAGUCCAAGGGAGAAAUCGCAGAUGCAGUUGUCACCGUUCGCGGGGAUCCUGCUUUCCUCGUUGCUCACGUCGUACUCUCCAAACACUCAGUCGUGGUCGAGGCCGACCUCCAGAUCUUUGCUAGCACGCUUCCGCUUCCCAGCUACAUGAAACCCUCACUGAUCAUUCCUCUGGACCGCAUUCCCGUCAGCAGAAAUGGGAAAGUCGAUCGCCUCGCCAUCGCCUCAUUACCCAUCGCGCGCCUGCCAGCAGGACAACCAGGAUCACCGCAGGGCGCCAAAGAACUGAGUCUUGCCGAGGGAGAGCUCCGUCUUCUUUGGGAUUCCGUCCUUCACCAGACGUCCUCCCACUUGAUCAACGGCGAGCCUCUGACAUCAGAUUCGGAUUUCUUCUUGAUCGGGGGCACAUCGCUUCUACUAGUGAUGCUGCAGAGUGCAAUCCGCACAUCCAUGGGUAUAGAGGUUUCUCUCAAAGACAUGUACCACUCCAGCACGCUUGGAGGAAUGACUACCUUACUCUUACGGCGGAAGAGCGAAAAUCAUGUACCGGAAUCGAUUGAUUGGGAAGCUGAGACAGCUCUUUUUAGCCCUCUCGACCUUGGGAUCCGUGGAGGUACACCGAGGAAUGCAGUUGCAAUGGAGAUUCUCAUUACGGGAUCAACAGGAUUUCUCGGCGGCGCAAUCCUCUCAUCCUUGUUAAAGAGUCCAGAAGUAGCGAGGGUCCACUGCAUCGCAAUUGAGGCCAAUACCAAAGUGCCAUCACACCUCCAGCAUGACAAAAUCACAAUCCACACUGGAAGCCUCCUUGAACCCCGACUCGGCAUGUCACCAGAGACCUACGCCCGCCUCCAAAACACAGUCGAUGCGGUUAUCCUCGCAGGCGCGCAGGGCCACUGUUUAAACAACUACGCUACCCUGCGCAUACCCAAUGUUGAAUCCACGAAGGUGAUGGGCUUGUUCGCGCUUCCGCGGCGGAUACCGCUUCACUUUAUCUCUUCGAAUAGGGUCACACUACUUGAUCCCGCCGCAAAGGCUGCGAUGCCGCCUGUAAGCGUUAGUCGUCAUUCGCCGAGGGCGGAUGGAGGGGAGGGUUUCACAGCCGCGAAGUGGGCGAGCGAGGUGUUUUUGGAGAAGUUAUCCGCAGCCGCAGUGACGGAGAAGAAAGAGGAGGGUCUACUACCCGUCACAAUUCAUCGGCCUUGUGCUGUCGUAGGCGACAAGGCGCCCCUCGAAGACGCGCUCAACGCGCUGCUACGAUUCUCAAAGCUCAUGGGCGCCGUACCGCGGAUUGAAGGGUUGAAUGUCGAGGGAUACUUUGAUUUCAAGCGGGUUGAGGACGUAGCGGGUGAGAUUGCAACUGCUGUCGUCACUUUACACGAUCCUACCACGUCAAGCCCAUAUCGUGAUGAUAGUCAGGCAGGAGGGGUUUCGUUCCGGCAUUAUUCGAGUGGUGUCCGGGUACCGCCAUGGGAAUUCAAGGUGUACAUGGAGAAAUCAUAUGCCGGAAAGUUUUUUGAGCUGGAUAUGGAUCAGUGGAUUGAGGGUGCGAGGAGAGAGGGCAUUGAGGAGUUGAUUGUUGCAUAUUUAAAGGCUAUAACUGAGAGAGGGGAGACAAUGGUGUUUCCGUUCAUGGGAAGUGCUUUGUAA